UUGCCCGGCCCGGCCCAUCCCGGCCCUGGCAAAGAAGAGCCGCCUCACAGCUGCUGGCGCCAGCCACGCACGCCCUGGCCCGUAGAGGCCGCCUCAGCCCCCUCCCUUCUCCCGCCCUCCCGGCCGUGCUGACGGGGGUUGUAGUUGGGAGUCGCCGCCCCAGGACUACCGCUCCCAGGGAGCAGCGGGCGGGCCCUGUCAGGUGGCGGCCAACAUGGCUUCCCCGUGCCCGCCGGGGCCGCAGCCCGCUGCCGCGCGGGGCUGCUGAGCGCUUUCGGGGCGGUGGCAGAACCGGUACCGGUACCAUCAUGCAGAAGAUCAAAUCGCUGAUGACCCGUCAGGGUCUGAGAAGUCCUCAAGAGAGUGUCAAUGACCUCAGUCCUAUUGAAAGCUUUCGGAUUCCUACUAAGGAGGAGCUCAGAGAACUACGUGAGGAGCCAACUGAUCCUCAAGCUCAGCAAGAAAUAAUUAACAGCAUUGAGGAAGUUUAUUUUUCCAAUGAUUCCUUUGAUAUUGUGAAGUAUGAGUUAGAGAGGCUUCCUCCAGUACUUAAUCUUCAAGAACUGGAAGAAUACAGAGACAAAUUAAAACAACAGCAAGCUGCUGUAUCUAAGAAAGUUGCAGACUUGAUUCUUGAAAAACAGCCUGCAUAUGUUGAGGAACUUGAACGUGUUACAUCGUUGCAGGCUGGCCUUCAGUUAGCAGCUGUUAUUUGUACUAAUGGAAGAAGACACUUGAAUAUAGCAAAGGAAGGCUUCACACAAACUAGUUUGGGGCUUCUAGCAAAUCAAAGGAAACGACAGUUGCUUAUUGGACUGCUAAAGUCUCUGAGAACAAUAAAAACACUGCAAAGAACUGAUGUGCGUUUGAGUGAGAUGCUGGAGGAAGAGGACUAUCCAGGAGCUAUUCAGCUGUGCUUGGAGUGCCAGAAAGCUGCCAGCACUUUCAAACACUACAGUUGUAUAAGUGAGUUGAAUUCAAAGCUGCAAGACACCUUGGAGCAAAUAGAGGAACAGUUGGAUGUAGCGCUCUCCAAAAUAUGCAAGAAUUUUGAUAUCAGUCAUUAUACAAAGGUUCAGCAGGCUUACAGGCUGCUUGGAAAAACACAGACAGCAAUGGACCAGUUACAUAUGCACUUCACUCAGGCCAUUCACAACACUGUGUUUCAAGUAGUCCUUGGAUAUGUGGAGCUGUGUGCAGGAAACACAGACACCAAGUUUCAGAAGUUGCAGUACAAAGACCUCUGCACACACAUUACAUCAGACAGUUACAUUCCAUGCCUUGCUGAUCUCUGCAAAGCCCUCUGGGAAGUCAUGCUCAGUUACUACCGAACGAUGCAGUGGCAUGAGGACUAUGACCAAGAUGAGGCAGCAACUGUGUCUUCUGUUUCAGAUGGCAGCAAUGUGAUAGGAACUGAAGAGAACAGUUUUGACCGCAGCUAUGUAAAAAAGAAAUUAGAACAUGGGCUGUCACGAAUAUGGCAGGAUGUUCAGCUGAAAGUGAAAACAUAUCUUCUGGGAACAGAUCUGUCUAACUUCAAAUAUGAUGACUUCAUAUUUGUACUUGAUGUUAUCAGCAGGCUGGUGCAAGUUGGAGAAGAAUUUUGUGGUAGCAAGUCUGAAGUUUUGCAAGAAUCUAUCAGAAAACAAAGUGUGAACUAUUUCAAAACAUACCAUAGAACCCGUCUUGAAGAAUUAAGAAUGUUUUUGGAGAAUGAGACCUGGGAACUUUGUCCUGUUAAAUCAAGCUUUAGUAUUCUGCAGCUUCAUGAAUUUAAGUUCAUGGAGCAGUCACGUUCCCCGUCUGUGUCACCUAGCAAGCAGCCUGCUUCAGCGAUCUCAGCAACAGUAACGUUGUUUGAGCAGUACUGUAAUGGAGGAAACCCAUUUGAAAUUCAGGCUGACAGCAAAGAUGAUGAGACAGAAGAUGUGUUAGCAUCCAAUGGGUAUGAAUCAGAUGAACAAGAAAAAAGUGCAUAUCAAGAAUAUGAUAGUGACAGUGAUGUUCCUGAAGAGUUGAAAAGAGAUUAUGUGGAUGAGCAAACGGGAGAUCUCCCUGUGAAAAGUGUUUCUCGAGAAACUUUGAGGAGCAGAAAGAGAUCAGAUUAUAACCUCAAUAAAGUGAAUGCACCUAUCCUGACAAACACUACACUGAAUGUGAUAAGGCUUGUUGGGAAAUACAUGCAGAUGAUGAAUAUUCUGAAACCAAUCGCAUUUGAUGUGAUCCACUUCAUGUCCCAGCUCUUUGAUUACUAUCUCUAUGCAGUCUAUACAUUCUUUGGACGAAAUGACACGUUUGAAUCAACAGGACUGGGCCUCAGUAGCAGCAGAUUACGCACCACGCUGAACAGAAUCCAGGAGAGUCUGAUUGAUAUUGAGGGCUCUGCUGAUCCUGCAGGAACACUCACAGCUGCUGAAGAGAGAAAGGAGAAGGUGCCAAGCCCACAUCUCAGUCAUCUGGUAGUUCUGACAUCUGGCAAUUCCCUCUAUGGUUUGGCAGAGAGAGUGGUGGCCACGGAAUCCUUGGUAUUUCUGGCUGAGCAGUUUGAGUGUCUUCAGCCUCAUCUCGAUGCGGUGAUGCCAGCUGCCAAGAAGCCUUUUCUUCAGCAGUUCUAUUCUCAGACAGUGUCAACUGCCAGUGAACUACGUAAACCAGUUUAUUGGAUUGUUGCUGCUAAAGCAAUUGAUUAUGAACAAAUGCUGCUUCUCAUGACUAAUGUGAAAUGGGAUGUGAAGGAAAUCAUGUCACAACACAAUAUAUACGUAGAUGCUCUUUUAAAGGAAUUUGAAGAAUUUAACAGAAGGUUGACUGAGGUGUCUAAGAGAGUCCGAAUUCCACUGCCAGUCUCCAACAUCCUUUGGGAGCACUGUAUACGUUUGGCCAAUAGAACUCUUGUGGAAGGUUAUGCCAACGUAAAGAAGUGCAGCAAUGAAGGACGUGCCUUGAUGCAGCUGGACUUUCAACAGUUUCUAAUGAAACUAGAAAAGUUAACAGACAUUAGGCCUAUUCCAGAUAAGGAAUUUGUGGAGACCUACAUUAAAGCAUACUACCUAACAGAAAAUGACAUGGAACGCUGGAUAAAAGAACAUAGGGAAUACUCUACUAAGCAGUUGACCAAUCUGGUGAAUGUUUGUCUGGGCUCCCACAUCAACAAAAAGGCAAGACAGAAGCUGCUAGCUGCUAUUGAUGACAUAGACAGGCCUAAAAGAUAACUGGAGAGAGCUGCUUUCCUUGGGACUUGUACCUUUUUCUGUUCAUGUGAAGCACGCAGACAAAUCUCUCAUGGACUAAUGACAACGUUCUCUUAAAAAAAAAA